GGGCGCUCCGGGCACACCUGGCUCCCCAGGCACAGCCACCCCGCCCCCCUUACGGCUCUGGGAGGCCAGGUAGAUCCUGGGCGGGGUUUUUCGGACACAAGUGCUGGAAGUUCAGAUUUCUGAGUGAGGAGUCGACCUCAGGGGAGGGAGCACCCUCAUCUGCUCGCUGAGCAACCAGGUAGGCGGCUCCCCGGAUUCCUGCAGCCAGAACCAGCCAUGCUCAUCAGUCAGGCGCCUUUCUUCUUCCCCAUGGCCCACUUCCUCCUCUUUGUCUUCACGGCUUCCACCGUAUUUCACCUUCAGCAGCGGCUAGCGAAGAUUCGCCCCGCAUGGGACUUUGAGACGCUGGUUUUGGCGAGGACGGAACACCCCACGAGCCAGCCGCCCAGGGGCAUGUGGACGAUCAAUGCCAUUGGCCGUCUGGGGAACCAGAUGGGGGAGUACGCCACCCUGUACGCCCUGGCCAAGAUGAACGGGCGGCCGGCCUUCAUCCCGGCCGCGAUGCACAGCACGCUGGCCCCCAUCUUCCGAAUCAGCCUCCCGGUCCUGCACGACACCACGGCCAGCAGGAUCCCGUGGCGGAACUACCACCUGAACGACUGGAUGGAGGAGCGCCACCGCCGCAUCCCGGGGGAGUACGUGCGCCUCACCGGCUACCCCUGCUCCUGGACCUUCUACCACCACCUGCGAGACGAGAUCCUGCAGUUCACCUUGCACGACCACGUGCGGGAGGACGCCCAGAAGUUUCUGCGGGGCCUGCGGGUGAAUGGGAGACAGCCGAGCACCUUUGUGGGGGUCCACGUGCGCCGGGGGGACUACGUGCGCGUCAUGCCGCAGGUGUGGAAGGGCGUGGUCGCCGACCGGGGCUACCUAGAGCAGGCCCUGGACUGGUUCCGGGCCCGCUACGACUCCCCCAUCUUUGUGGUCUCCAGCAACGGCAUGACCUGGUGUCGGGAGAACAUCAAUGCCUCCCGGGGGGACGUGGUGUUCGCCGGCAAUGGCAUUGAGAACUCCCCCUCCAAGGACUUUGCGCUGCUCAUGCAGUGUAACCACACCAUCAUGACCAUUGGGACGUUCGGGAUCUGGGCCGCCUACCUCGCGGGGGGAGAGACCAUCUACCUGGCCAAUUACACCCUGCCCGACUCCCCCUUCCUCAAAGUCUUUAAGCCAGAGGCAACCUUCCUGCCCAAAUGGAUUGGGAUCAACGCAGACCUCUCCCCACUACUCAAGCACUGAUGUUAGGCGACCCUUGGCACCUCCUCCUUCACUGGCUCCAAGACCAGUUCCCAAGGCAUGAGGAGCACAUUGUUAUGUGUACCAGGACACUUCCAUCUUGCAUCAGAAGUCACUGACCUGUUUAAAUAACCUAUUUAUGUGUCUCAUGCAACAGGACCAGAGGUUGGUACAUCUCUGGGAUUAGUUAAGUCAGCAGCCCAGCAAUGUCAUCGGUGACCCCAGUUCCAUCCAUCUUGUUCAACUGCCAUCAACUCCUCUCAGACUGGCUCCCUCAUGGUCCCAGAAGGGCUGCCACAUAGCCAGGUGUCACAUGCAGACAACCUCUUCAUGAGGCAGCAAAAAAGAACUUCGUUCUUGGGUCCCUUUUGAAGAGUGAGAGAAAGAUUCCAAAGCCCUCCAGCCCCUGCCACCACCCCUCCCAGCCCCGCAUAUCUUAUUGACCGGAAGUGUGUCACAUGCCCACCUGAUCCAUUAAAGGGCAAGGUGAGUAAGACCCUGGGAUUGGCUUAGCUUCAGAUCAAUAUAUCUUUGCCCCUUCCAGCUGGGGAGUUGAUCAGCCUCCUCUGAAAGACGUGGAGGCUUGCGGAAAGAAAACAGGUGCUCUUAACAAGGAAGAAGGUGCUACACAAAACAGAGAAGCCCUGAAUUGUGUGAGUUGUUCACUACACAAAGGCAUUUGGCCAAGGAGGCAGGUGGGGCUCUAAGAGAGUCAACAACCUACUCUCCAAGCCAUGUGUUCCUGGGACUGUGUCCACCCAGAGUCAGUUCUCUGACUGACAGUUCUCACUGUUUUCUAAUUAGUCUGCCCAGACCAGAGACCUUUUCUCCAGUUUUUACAAGAGCGCCACCCUAUUGGCCAGUAGCUGGUGUGCAUCUAAGACCUCCCACCCCAAUUCUGCAACCCUGGAUUCCUAGGGCUUAGGAUGAUUACUGGUGAGAACUCAAGAGACCAGCACAGCUCAGUGAACUUGAAGAGAGUCCAUUUGUUCUUUGUAAAUGUCUGUGGUGGUUCACCUAACAGACAGGAUCUCCGCUAGCAAAGGUUGGGUUAACAAAUCAUAGUGGCUUGAAAUGACAGCAAUUUAUUAUUUCCCACAAUCCUGUACGUCAGCUGGGUGUCUCUCUGCUCCAUGGAGUGUUGGCUGAGGCCUCAUGCAGCUGCGUUUUUGUGGAGUUCAGGUGCAGCAUCCCCUCGGUCAUCAGCAUCAUGGAGGCAGCCCCCAUGCUAUGAGGAAGCCCAACCCCACUCCGGGGCCACGGGUAGGUGCUACAAUCAGCAGCCUUAGCUGAGGUCAACUUCAAGUCGUUCAGCGUAGGCAUCAGAUAUGAUUCCACAUGUUGUUUAAGUCAGCCUAGCAUCCCGCUGAGGUUCCUGACAACAUGUUGCAGAGAGGAGCCCUAUCUCCAUUCCUGAUUCACAGAGUCUGUGAGCAUAACAAUAUGAUUGUUUGAUGCUAUGAAGUUUUGGGGCCGUCUGUGAUACAGCCAGAGAUAAACGAACUAAAUAAAUGAUUCUCUAUAUUUGCAGACACUUUCAUGACUUUGGCACAACCUAGGCAAAACUUGAACAUCCCCACCUCACUUGAGAUCACACGUGCAAAGGCCCUGUGGCAGGGGGAUUCCAGUUAUACAUGAGAGCGGAACCAGGCCAGUGUGGCUGAAACACAUGGAGACAGAGGUGGGAGAGAAGUGAACAGGGUUGACGUGAAAGGCCUUGUGGACCAUGGCAAGGACUUUGGGUUUUAUUCUAAGACCAAGGGGAAGCCAC